AUGUCACGUCUGUGCUUUAAGAAAGGCUGUGAACUCGAAGUUCAGUAUAUAUGCCAAACUUACUCUGCAGAAAUCUACUCUUGCAAAUUGCAUCUUGAAGAGCUACUUAAAUUACCCAAUCGAGAUCAUAUGAUAGAUUCUAUUCUCAUGGAGCAUUGUGAAUGAACUAAAGAUGCAGUUCUUGAGUAUCUUGAAAAAGAAAAGUCUAAGAAAGAGUAUUUGAAGGAAGUAUUCUUUGCUACUUUUAGAAAAGAACUUCACAGAAAAGGUAUUGAAGAAAUGCUAAGAAAGCUGGAUUCAGAUUUGGAAGAAUUUAAAAGUUUAAUCGAAAAGACAGUUCUAGCUGAAAGCUCAGAUCUAUUCAGUAGCGUCAGGCAAUUUUGCGAAUUGAGCAAGCUAAGAACUAAAAUAUCUGCUCUCUUAGCCAGACCUAAUAGUGCAAAAGCAGAAAAAGAUUUUAGGAGUACGGUCUCCGUUUAUGAAAAUAAGACUCUUGAUCCAUUAAUUGCCCAAGCUUAUCAAGAAUACGUCAAAGUUUACCAUCAAGCCACAUCUCUUUAUCGAGUUACUCCAGACGAUGAUGGAAAAAAUAUGUUGCUGAUUUAUGACACUGAAAAUGAGAAAGAAGAAGAAAAAGAGUUAAAAAUUCCAUUAAAAUUAAAUUCUGUAAAAACGAUUACUCAACUACCAAAUGGCGAGUUAUUUUGUUUUUCUGAAUCAAAUCCAGUUAUAAUUGACAAAAAAUAUGGGUUCCGAGUCCUACCAGCUGGAGAUCCUAAUCUCGAAAUAGCUAUAUAUUUCGAUAGAAGCGUCUAUUGUUUUGAAAGAGGAGAUAGGGGAGGAGGAUGCGAUGAUCCUGGAGUUAUGAGCAGUAGAUUUGAUUUUGAUUUAAAUCGUUGAAGUAAAAUAAAUCCGAUACCAAGGAUGGACGAGAAAUAUCAUGGAGUAUUAUUUAAUGGGAAUAUUGUGAUUUCUGGAUAUUGAGAUACAGAUCUUAAGCUAUAUUCUAUUGGAAUCGAUUCUUGAUCAAAUAUUAAUUAUGAAUUUGGGCUUCAUAAAAGAAAGAUCCUAGUAGAUUCAAAUGAGAGACUAUAUGUUAUUGAAUGUGGUGGAUUUAUCUAUGAAAGUGAAGUUGGAGAUAUGUAUACUUGGCAUUGGUUAGUAAAAUCAAUAAUUGCAGGAUUUUACUCAAGUAUUCAUUGUUCAUAUAAUAAAGGAGGAUUUUAUAUUUUAACUUCUUCUGUAUCUGAUAGAGAAUAUUGCAAAUUUAAUUUAGAUCAAAAAGAACUUAUCGAGCUUUCUUACUAUAAUAAACAUGUGGCUUUAAGAAGGGAAGGUAAAAUACUUGAAGUAAUUGAAUGCCCUAAUCAAAACUUUAAGCUCGACCCUAAUGAUGUAGUUCUUUACAAUAAUAACGGAUGCUCUCUUAAUUGUUUAGGACAAAACCUCGAGGAAAUUGAGCGUUUUAAUGAAAGUAUCAAACUCAACCCUAUCAAGCCUCAAACUUACGAUUAUAAAGGCAAAGCUCUUUGUGCCAUCGGAAGAAAUCUUGAAGCAAUAGAGUGCUAUGACACGGCAAUCAGACUAAGCCCUGGAUAUUACAAUCUUUACAAUAAUAAAGGACUUGCUCUUUAUACUAUAGGAAGAAAUCUUGAAGCAAUAGAAUGCUACAACAAAGCGAUUAAGCUUUAUUCUUAUGAUCCAAAUGUUUAUUUUAAUAAAGGUUGUGCACUUCAGGAUUUAGAAAACUAUCUCGAAGCACUAGAGUGCUAUGACGAAUCAAUCAGAUGUGAUAAAAGGAGGCAUAUUUAUGUUAGUGGAAUUUCUAUGUAUUUUGAUAGUAAAGGCAAAACUCUUUACGCUUUAGGAAGAAAUGUUGAAGCAAUAUAGCUUCAGUCCCAUUUUGGCUAGUUUAGGAGCUUUGCCUAUUAAAUAGACCAAUUUUUUGGGCAAUUACAAUUUAAAAUUGACAAAUCCAGAUUAUAGCUCAUAUUUGUUAAUUUUUAAUUAGCCUUUUUUAUAAAAAUUGGCAUUUCGUGACAUAUUUAAUAGAUAUAAGCAUUACUGCUAAAGAAUGUAUAAGGGGUCUUAAGCUAUACAGAGUUAUGACGAAGCACUCAAUCAUAAUUUUUGAAAUGCUGAUAUUCAUGACAAUAAAGGCAAAGCCCUUCAUGCUUUAGGAAGAAACUCUGAAGCAUUAGAAUGCUUUGAUCAAGCAAUUAAAAUUGAUUUUUAUUGUGAUUCUGCUUACAGAAACAAAGGCAAUGUUCUUGAGGAUGAGGAAAAAUAUAUUGAAGCAAUUUAUUUCUAUGAUGAAGCAAUCAAAAUUAAACCAAAUGAUAUUUUGUAUCUCUGCAGCCGUGCUAGAGCACUUAAGAAGCAAGGCUUGGAAGCAGAGGCUCUACAGGAUUUUAAUAGGGCUUGUGAAUUGAUUCAAGAAAGCAGGACAAGUGGGAUUUUUACACGCAAUCAAUGAGACGUUAAUGAAAGAAAUUUUAUUAAGGAUGAAUUAGAAAUCGAUCGUAUCGAGUUACUUCAAAAACUGCAGAAAAGUCAAUAG